CUCUCACUUCCUCUCACCACUUAACUGCUUUGAAUACAGUAAUUGCUGGGGGCACCAGUGCUGAGGAGAAAAGAUACCUGUGUUUCACAGACUCGGCCCUGUCUGCUGAUUUUACGGCUAGAUAUGUGUUCACGGGGCUGCUGCUGGUCACAGAAAAUGCCAGGAUGAUGCCUUCCUGGCGCCUAGCUGGGACUCUAAUGCCCAGUAUGGCUUUCCUCUCCUGUCUCAGACCUGAAAGCUGGGAGCCCUGCAUUGAGGUGAUCCCCAAUGUGACAUACCAGUGCAUGGAGCAGAAUCUCUCCAGAAUCCCUGACAACAUACCCUCCUCAACCAGAAACCUGGACCUGAGCUUUAACCCCCUGAAUACCCUAGAAAGUCAGAGCUUCUCCAAAUUUCCAGAACUUCAGGUGCUGGAUUUAUCCAGACAUGGCCUCCGUCCGUGGCUCCCAGAACAUUUUCUGCCACAUCCACCAUCUUCUCAUCAGUUGUGUGAUAUUCGGGUGAUUGAAGAUGGUGCCUAUCAAGGUUUAGGCCAACUAUCUACCUUGAUAUUGACGGGAAACCCUAUCGAGAGUUUAGCCCCAGGAGCCUUUUCUGGACUUUCACAUUUGCAGAAGCUGGUGGCUGUGGAGACCAACAUACUCUCUCUAAGGACCUUCCCUAUUGGAAAUCUCAGAGCAUUGAAGGAGCUCAAUGUGGCUCACAAUCUUAUCCAUUCCUUCAAGUUGCCUGAAUAUUUCUUAAACUUGACCAACCUGGAACACUUGGACUUUUCUGAUAACAAGAUUCAAAGUAUUCAUUACAAAGACUUACAGGUUCUACGUAAAAAGCCACUACUCAACCUUUCUUUAGAUCUUUCCCUGAACCCAAUUGAUAUCAUUCAUCCUGGUGCCUUUAAAGAAGUAAAACUCCAUAAAUUGACUUUAAGAAGUAAUUUUAAUAAUACACAUGUAAUGAGAACUUGUAUUCAAGGUCUGGCUGGUUUAGAAGUCUACCGGUUGGUUUUGGGAGAAUUUAAAAAUGAAAGGAACAUGGACAGUUUUGACAAAUCUGCCUUGGAUGGAUUGUGUAGUUUGACCAUUGAAGAAUUCCGGUUUGCAUAUUUAGAUGAAUUUUCUGGUGAUGUUACUGGCUUGUUUAAUUGUUUGGCAAAUGUUUCUGCAAUGUCUCUAGUGAAUCUGUAUGUUAAAAACCUAGAAAACCUUCCUGAAGAUUUCAAGUGGAAAUCCUUAGAAGUAGCAAGGUGUAAGUUUAGACAAUUUCCCCCUUUGGCACUCCCUUCUCUCAAAGAGUUGAAUUUUACAGAUAACAAAGGUGCAGUUAACAUGGUAGAUAUUGAACUACCAAAUCUGGAAAUUCUAGAUCUUAGUAGAAAUGGCUUGAGUCUCCGGCAUUGCUGUUCUUCUGAGGAUUUUGGAACAACCACACUCCGGCAUUUAGAUCUGAGCUUCAAUGGGGUUAUUCUCAUGAAUUCAAAUUUCAUAGGCUUAUGCCAGCUAGAGUAUCUAGAUUUUCAGCAUUCCGCUUUGAAACAUACCAAUCAGUUUACAGUAUUCUUAUGUCUCCACCAACUGCACUACCUUGACAUCUCUUAUACCCAUAUACAAGUUGUCUUCGAUGGCAUCUUUGAUGGCUUGACCAAUCUGAAAGUUUUAAAAAUGGCUGGUAAUUCUUUCAAGGACAGCACCCUUCCAAAUAUCUUCAGAAACAUGACUAACUUAACCAUCCUGGACAUUUCUGAGUGUCAACUGACACAGGUAUCCAAGGGACCAUUUGACACCCUUCCCAAUCUUCGGGUCCUAAAUCUGAGUCACAACCAUCUCGUGUAUUUGGAUCUGUUCCCUUAUGCACAUCUCCUCUCUCUCCAGGUCUUAGAUUAUAGUUUCAAUUAUAUCGUAGCUUCCAAACGGCAGGCACUACAUUUCCCUAGUAAGCUAACACAUUUAAAUCUUACUCAGAAUAAUUUUGCUUGUAGUUGUGAACAUCAGAGUUUCUUGCAGUGGGUCAAGGAUCAGAGGGGACUCUUGGUGGAGGCUGAACAAAUGACAUGUGCAAAUCCUCCAGAUAUGCAGGGCAUGCCAGUGCUGAGUUUCAGAAAUACCACCUGUCAAAUAAACAAGACCACUAUUAGCCUGUCAGUGCUCAGUAUCCUCAUGGUAGCUAUUAUUGGACUUUUAGUCUACAAGUUCUAUUUUCACCUAAUGCUCCUUGCUGGCUGUAAAGAGUAUGGUAGAGGUGAAAUGGCCUAUGAUGCCUUUGUUAUCUAUUCGAGUCAGGAUGAGAACUGGGUGAGAAAUGAGUUGGUAAAGAACUUAGAAGAAGGAGUACCCCCCUUUCAACUCUGCCUUCACUACAGGGACUUUAUCCCCGGUGUGGCCAUUGCUGCCAACAUUAUCCAGGAAGGCUUCCACAAAAGCCGGAAGGUGAUUGUUGUAGUGUCUCGGCACUUCAUCCAGAGCCGCUGGUGCAUUUUUGAAUAUGAGAUCGCUCAGACCUGGCAGUUUCUGAGCAGCCGCGCUGGCAUCAUCUUCAUCGUCCUGCAGAAGUUGGAGAAGUCCCUGCUCCGGCAGCAGGUGGAACUGUAUCGCCUUCUCAGUAGAAAUACUUACCUGGAGUGGGAGGACAGUAUGCUGGGGAGGCACAUCUUCUGGAGACGACUCAGGAAAGCUCUGCUGGAUGGAAAAACAUCACAACCGGAUGGGCUAGCAGAUGCAGAAAAUGUUCACCAAGAAGCCACGACUGCUAUCUAGACUGGAAGAAUAACUCCUGAGCCACUUCUCCACAUGGAUUCGAUGCUAAGGACCAAACGUCACAGACUGCCAGGUUAUCAAUCUGAGAACCUGGGGUUGCUCAAGGUACACAGGACUGGGAGUCUUGUGGUACUUGCAGCGCAGAUGGAAAAAUUACUAGGCAAAACACAGAACUUGCUAGGUGUGAGUUCCAACCAAGUCCAUGAAAGAGUCCUGACGGUAGAAGUCCAUUGAACUACCCUACCAAGUCCAAUCAGAACUAAGAAACUUGGGCCUGAUGGAAGACAGUGAGAGCUUGUUUUUCCCCUAAGCUUUUUGAAUGGGAAUGGUAUGCUGGAUUACACUUCAAUUGUUUUAAGAGAGUUUUGGCAGUUUCAAAUGAACUGGGUGUUUGCUUGCUUUGAAUCCAAUUCAAUGACUCAGAUUGAUUUCUCAUUCAGGAUUCCUCUUCCAUUUCUCGUCCGUUUCCUUAAUCUUCAAACUAAUCCCUAAAGAUGUCUGCUUAGUGCAUGCUGACUAGCAUCCUGGUGUCGUUCCAUAGUAUGUUGUAUUUAUUGAAGAAGAAUUCCUAAUUUAUUUUUAUUUUUACACCUCAAAUUCUCAUUUUUCCUCCCUUGUCCAUAAACUCACAUCAUAAAUAAAGGCUGACACAUGCUGGAAGCAUUCAUAUUGAACCACAAUUUUUCAAACAGAUAUGAAAAUUAUAGCAUCACCUUGUCACUUGAUGCCACUCUUAAGUUAUUACCUUGUGAGUUAUGACUGUCACAGAGGCAUGCAUGGAAAUAGUUGGGUUGAAAAGGACACUUCUUUUAAAGCCCAGGGAGAAAAGUUCUGCUUCUUAGUUUCACAAAGAGCUAUUUGUACUAGACACAAGGAGGAGGACAUGUCUUUUUGAUGAUUCCAGAAAUAUAGAUGAAGCUUCAUCUCAGGACGGAGUACUGGAGGCCUUCAGUACUCCAUGGAGGGCAUCAUGGGUCCCUUUUCUUGCACUGUGCUGUACCCUUCCUUCAUCACCAGACUACUUUGUGAAAUGCAGUGGGGAGGGACAUAUUGCUACUGCCCCUUGGGUGUCAGUUCCAGACCAAAUUUAUGUUAUCACUGAGAAAAUGAUGUCAUAGGGUUCAUGGUAAGCUGACUUCCUAGAAAAGCACAUUCCCCUUGCUUCCUUAGAAAUGGUACAGUAAAAGCUGUACGUAUUAUGGAAAAGCAUUGAUAUAUCACAGUAUACUA